CCAAACAACCAUCAAAACAGUCACCACCACCAUCAUCAAAACUGUAAACAUAGCGGCGGCGGCGGCAGCGGCGGCAAACGUCACCCUCCGGCCACAGCGUCCGCCUAAAGGGAUGGUUUUCUCGGCGGAGCAGCUCUUCGCUGACCACAUUCUUCACUCGUGCUGAGCGGGAUUUUUUGGGCUCUCCGGGGUUCCGGCUGGGAGCAGCUUCAUGACUACGCGGAGCGGGAGAGCGGCCACACCAUGCGAGCACAAAUUGAAGUGAUACCAUGCAAAAUUUGUGGCGAUAAAUCCUCCGGGAUCCACUACGGAGUCAUCACGUGUGAAGGCUGCAAGGGAUUCUUUAGGAGGAGCCAGCAGAACAAUGCCUCUUACUCCUGCCCAAGGCAGAGAAACUGUUUAAUUGACAGAACCAACAGGAACCGUUGCCAACACUGCCGACUGCAGAAGUGUCUUGCCCUAGGAAUGUCGAGAGAUGCUGUGAAGUUCGGGAGGAUGUCCAAGAAGCAAAGGGACAGCCUGUAUGCCGAGGUGCAGAAGCACCAGCAGCGGCUGCAGGAGCAGCGGCAGCAGCAGGGUGGGGAGGCGGAAGCCCUUGCCAGGGUGUAUAGCAGCAGCAUCAGCAAUGGCCUCAGCAACCUGAACAAUGAAGCCAGCGGCACAUAUGCCAACGGACAUGUCAUUGACCUGCCCAAGUCCGAGGGUUAUUACAACGUGGAUUCCGGCCAGCCUUCCCCUGAUCAGUCAGGACUUGACAUGACUGGAAUCAAACAGAUAAAGCAAGAACCUAUCUAUGACCUCACAUCCGUACCCAACUUGUUUACCUAUAGCUCUUUCAACAACGGGCAGUUAGCACCAGGGAUAACAAUGACUGAAAUCGAUCGAAUUGCACAGAACAUCAUUAAGUCCCAUUUGGAGACAUGUCAAUACACCAUGGAGGAGCUGCGCCAGCUGGCAUGGCAGACCCACACCUACGAAGAAAUCAAAGCGUAUCAAAGCAAGUCCAGGGAAGCACUGUGGCAGCAAUGUGCCAUCCAGAUCACUCACGCCAUCCAAUACGUGGUAGAGUUUGCAAAGCGGAUAACAGGCUUCAUGGAGCUCUGCCAAAAUGAUCAAAUUCUACUUCUGAAGUCAGGUUGCUUGGAAGUGGUUUUAGUGAGAAUGUGCCGUGCCUUCAACCCAUUAAACAACACUGUUCUGUUUGAAGGAAAAUAUGGAGGAAUGCAAAUGUUCAAGGCCUUAGGCUCUGAUGACCUAGUGAAUGAAGCAUUUGACUUUGCAAAGAAUUUGUGUUCCUUGCAGCUGACCGAGGAGGAGAUUGCUUUGUUCUCAUCUGCUGUUCUCAUCUCUCCAGACCGAGCCUGGCUGAUAGAACCAAGGAAGGUCCAGAAGCUUCAGGAAAAAAUUUAUUUUGCACUUCAACAUGUGAUUCAGAAGAAUCACCUGGAUGAUGAGACCUUGGCAAAGUUAAUAGCCAAGAUACCAACCAUCACGGCAGUUUGCAACUUGCACGGGGAGAAACUGCAGGUAUUUAAGCAAUCGCAUCCAGACAUAGUGAAUACACUCUUUCCUCCGUUAUACAAGGAGCUCUUUAAUCCUGACUGUGCCACCGUCUGCAAAUGAAGGCGACGAGAGAACUGUCUCAUAGUCAUGGAAUGCAUCACCAUUAAGACAAAAGCAAUGUGUUCAUGAAGACUUAAGAAAAAUGUCACUACUGCAACAUUAGGAAUGUCCUGCACUUAAUAGAAUUAUUUUUCACCGCUACAGUUUGAAGAAUGUAAAUAUGCACCUGAGUGGGGCUCUUUUAUUUGUUUGUUUGUUUUUGAAAUGACCAUAAAUAUACAAAUAUAGGACACUGGGUGUUAUCUUUUUUUUUUUAAUUUUAUUUGGGUAUGUUUGGGAGACAACUGUUUAUAGAAUUUUAUUGUAGAUAUAUACGAGAACAGAGCGGUACCUUACAUGAUUACUUUUCCUGUUGAUUGUUCAAAUAUAAUUUAAGACAAUUCCACUUAAUAGGCUUACCUAUUUCUAUGUUUUUAGAUAGUUGAUGCAUGUGUAAAUUUGUAGCUGUCUUGGAAAGCACUGUGCAUGUAUGUAAUAAGUAUAUAAUAUCUGAGAAUAUUAUAUAUGAUUUUACUUAUUCAUGCACAUGCACUGUGGCUUAAACUACCAUACCUACUAGCAAAGGAGGUUCAGUCAGGCUCUCUUAUAUUCUUUACCUUCUGUGUUACAUGUUACCUUUAUGUUAGACAAUCAGGAUUUUGUUUUCCCAGCCAGAGUUUUCAUCUAGAGUCAAUGGCAGGAUGGUACCAACUCAGAAAUAAGUCAACGAAGGAAUAAAUAUAAUGCAUGGCCUCUGUAUAAAAGCUCUAUUUCUAUCAAUGACGUCAAAGCCUUGUCAAGAUGGUACAUAUUUGGGGGAAAAAAAUAAGUACUUGGAGCCAUUUUCCUGUUUUAAGAAUUAGACCACAGAUAAUAUUGUGGAGUUCAGGACUUUUUUGACCAAACAAUAGAUAUUUCCUCUUUUUCACCAGGACACAUAAAACACUAUUUUUCUUUGGAUUUCAGGUUGUGAAAGAAACUUGAUUUUGGUGCUUAUUGUGUCAUCAACAGAGAAAUACAGUCUGUAGAUUAUCACCACCAGCAAUUUUUUCUAAUAAAAUGAGAGUAGAAGAGUAAAUCAGAACCCAGGGUCCCAAUGCCAUUUCUUGUAAAGAUUUUCUGUAACUAUUUUUUUUUUUUUUUUUUGGCAAAGAAAAGCUAGAAAGAGAAUACACAAAGUAAUGAAGUAGUUCUUUCUAUUCAUUCUCUUUAAUAAGUUUGAUAGAAAAAGCAGCAAUAAAGGGGGAAGCAGAACUUUAUAUGUCCUUCUAGUCUGGAGCCUCUAAUUCUUUUCAACUCCAAAAUGCUGUAUUAUAAAAAUAUAGCAAAAACUUGAAGAUUAGAAGAAAAUAUUUGAGUUAUUCUAUAGAAUGAAUACACCCCAAAGCUAAAACUAUUUCCUAUGCAACUUGGAAUUGCAUCAUCCAUCUAGCCUGAGAUUAUGUUUUUAGCAACUUUUAGAAGUACAGAAUGCAAAAGGUGAGAUCAGGAUUAGAGAAUUUAGACUUAGUACAAGUUCUCACUUCUCUACCUGCUCUCCAAUCAAACUGAUCACCAGGAAAGCGUCAACUCCAAGGAGUUUGUUCUGCCUGUGUUCUGGAAGCCUUAUGUCUUUGGUCUCGUCUGAUCCAAAAUGAGAUUUUUAAAAAGGAAGCUGGAGGAGAGCUUUGUGUACAAGACAAGGAAAAUUAUGAUCUCCUGUAAGAGUAGCCCAGCCACCAACUCCUGAAGACCUGCCCCUUUUCUCCUUGUCAAACACGAACAUGCAUGUACACGCGCACACACACACACACACACACACACACACACACUUGCUUCAUAAAGUUUCCAUCAGUGGAAACUUUGAUUUCUUUUUAAUCUCCUGUGCUCUCCCGAAGUCGCGUGGUUGAGAGCCAUCUCCACAGUGCCACAGAACUCCUCAUUGAUGAGCAAACGGUAGUGUUAGUCUUUUCUUUUAGAAAACAGAGCCUUUUCCCACCUCAUGAUUGAUGAAUUCCAAACCAAUGGGGAAAAACAAAAAGGCUUUAAAAUAAUGAAUCUCUUUCUCAACUACUGUUAUAUUCAAUUAAUUUAACUACAUUGAACCAAAUUACCUUCAGUGUCUAAGAAGACAGCUGUAGACUGCUUAUUAUGCUGCUAUAGGGACUCAAUUCUUUUUGGUGUAAAUGUCACUCCUGCUAGCUCUUUGUAUAAAGAAUUAAUUCCAAGAGUCAUAUUUCCUUCUAAUGGAAAGAUUACUCUACUGAUUGCUAGGAAAACAGGGUAAUGGAAGGCACUCAAUUAAACCAAGCCGUUUCCAAAUGCAAUGUAUGUUUUAUGAUUGGCUUGUGAUAGGCGAUGCUUAAUGUGUCUACUUGGUGUUUCCCUCUGAGCUUUGAACUUAUGUCAAACUUUGUUUUCAUUGUUCUGUUGGCCUAGUGUUUUCCAUUGUCAGCCUGUAAUUCCUGCUCAGUUGCAAAGGGAAUCAUUUGUUUCCUCUAAUUUACCUUAGAGGAUUUAAAUUGGCUCAAUUGAUGAAGUGGCUGAGAAUUUUUUCCUUACUUGUCCCAUGGGUGAUGUAGGAAAAAGAUUGUUCCCCACGUCUGCCUCAGGAGGUACUGGAUUUGAAUUUGUGUUGUUUCCACUAGUGCAAACAUUUCAUUGGGACGGCAUGAACCUUUUGAAGCUAGGGGACAGGAAACAGCUAGCGACUGAACCAGAACAAAACAGUGGAAACCAGUACACAUUCAGUUCACUUCAGUGGAGAAAAAAGAUUUACAUUUUUUGCCACAGCUGCCAAAUCUGCCUAUUAGAAGAGAACCAAGUCAUAUUUUCAAUGGUAACAAAGCACCUUUAAAAGUUGCCCUUUGAACAUCUCCUGUGACUACAUGUCGAGGUAUUUUGAAAUUUUGGUAAGAACUUUCUUUCUCACAUGUAAUCUCUGUCCCUUCCACAUGAAGACUCACAAAUAUUCUCAACACAUUCAUGGUAAAGCGUGCACUGGAAGAAAGCACCCAUGAUCUGUACUUUUCAAUUCAUGCUUCGUAAAUGACAAUCACUGCUUGAUGCAGAUGUUGCACUGUAUCCACUCAGGGAUGUUUCAUUUAAAAAAAAAGGUACAUCAAGAACAAGGGGGAACAAAACAGGAAAAUGACAACAAAUUGUAAAUGGCAUAAAUUAAAUAUGCCAAUGAGAGAACCUCUCUGACAAGGCUUUCAGACCAACGAGCUGUAACUUCAUGUUGUAAACUGUUUGGACUUGCUGAAAAGUUGCACAUGAAUAAGGACAACUUAGUCUCAUUUUCUAAACUCUGCUAGGAGCCAAAUAAGCCAGCUGCCCCAUUUAUAGGAAUGUAUAUCUCCCAGCAAACCGAAGCUUCCUGUACAAGGAAAAUACAGAAAUCUAAGCGGUGUUAGAUGAACCUGACAAGGGAGGUGAAGCUGUGUGAAUUCAAACUGCAAUCUAUCUAUGGUCUGUAAAAGGAAAAGCAAAUUUUGGAGGGAAUAUAAGAGGAUAAGGGAUUCCAAAUCUGGCUAAAUAUCUCAGCUAUACCCCUACUGUCCGUGACUCAGUCACCUUUGUAUCCCUUUUUCUGAGGCUUUUUUAUCCUCAAAGACUGAAAGCUGAGGGUGGAGAUGUGCUCUACAAACAUAUCCUUUCCGGAUUUCCCUUGUUUUAAUAUUGUCUUCAGGGCUCUGUACUAAAGGGCCACUGAGUAGGUGAAAACAAAAAAUAUAGUGGUCUCUUGGGUAAUUAUACUUCCCUGGCAGAAUCUGAGAUACCCAGAAUCGUAGUGAACCCUGGAUAUCAACAAGAGGUGCCAGGGAGGCAUCAGGACAUUUCCUAUCAUAGCUGCCUUGUUCAACACUUAACUUCACAGCAGUCAAGAUAAACUGUAGAAAACCACGCACAUGGAUAGUCAACUCACGCUCACUCUCUACAAUCCCAUGUGUACUAGGCUUGAAUGCAAAAGCAAUUCUUGUGUCCCAAGGACAACCUAAAACUUAACGAGCAUUUUUCAAAAACAUCAGUCAGAUGCAAAUGAUGUCAGUUUUGUUCCAUGUUCUUUGUUUUCAUUUAUUACAGAAGCAAGGAAAAAUUCUACUGCUAUUGAAAAUUAGAAGAAAUAACUUUAUCCUGGCUCUUUUUUUCUCUAUAAACUUUUGUUUCCAAUGAAGUUACUAUGAUUGGCAGUAAAUUCAAGCAAGGACAUCUGUGCCCUGACAGAGCCACCAUUCAAUAGAACAGCAGUAACUUUAAAAUGUUCAUCUGUAGUGAAACUUUG